ACCGUUUACUAUACUUAAUUCCGGUUCUAGUUGACUGAGCUGCUAUUGUGCGUCGCGAAUUUAUAAAUAUUUCUUUACCUGUAACGCAUUUGUAACAUUAAUAAUGUAUUGGCACGUUUUAUCGUAAUGUAAUUACAAUAGCAAUGCAAGCAAAACUAUCGUUGUUGCUGUAACGUGUCUGCUGUAGACAUCAAGUUGGAUAUUUACGUUACGUCUACAUACGGAUAUUAAAAAUGAAUGAUUCCUUCUUGGAAGAGCUAGAGUUAAUACCAAAGGAAUCAAAGAAGACGUCUCAGCAAUUAGAUCGCCAUGUAACUACCAGGCAUGCUACUUCUUCUCCGCUGGUUCAUUUCUCGAAACAAGAUGAGAAAGAUAACGUUAUGCAACAGAAGGAUUUUAUGGCAACAGUUCCAAGUGCGUCUGACAUUAAGAUUGUAGUUAGUAAAGAGUCCUCUUCGAAAAGUUCCAAGAGAUACUCUGAUCCGAAUGUGAAAAAACAUUUUGUGAGCUUGAAGCCGUCAGAGAAAACUGAGAAGAACGCGGACAGUAAAGGAAAGCCUGUAGAUAUGAAAAUAAAAGUGAGCAACAAUCAGCAGAGCGCUAGCGGAGAAAACAAGAUAAAACUUCAUGAGAUAAAGUAUCCUAAGGCGCAUGAGAAUAAAGAUUAUAAGCGACGUUCGGCAUCCCUUAAAGAGACCACUCAUUCGACGAAUAUUUCCUCUAAGGAGUACAGACGUUCUCUUGAUUCUUCUAAUAACAAUUCCUCAGAUGCUUCCAGUAAGGAAAAUAGCCGUCCGUCGGAUUCUUCUAAAGAGGCUGGUUCUCAAAAUCUGACGAAAGAGAAGGAAAAAUUUACGGAGAGAUCAAGAAGAUCAGGCUUCAAACUACAAGAUCAGGAUCCAGUUGUUUUACUCACUGCUAUUAAAGAACUGAUAAGCACGUAUACCAAGCAAGAGAGCACGAAGAUUCUGCGCGCUAUGCAGGAGCUACAUAUAAACUCUCAAGCUACCUUGAUUAAAAAUCUCUUGAAUCAAACUGAUGACCUGGUUAAAGAAAUGCAUCCCAGCAAAGAUUCUGCUAGAGUGAAAGCACUGAUUGAGGAGAAUGAACAAUUGCAUCAGGAGUUGAUGGCUAUGCGAAUGCGAAACGAGAAUCUGCAGACUAAAUUAGAGGAGCUUGAAUUUUUGAGACAAGAAAACAUGACAUUGAAAUUAAAAUGUACCGAGCUGUCUCAGAUAUAAUAUCAGACGAUUGUAUGAAAUGUUGGACCAUAAAAUGUUUAACAAUUUAUUUUGCACAAAGUGCUAAUUAGGACGUUUACGAUUUUAAUUUCUUGACACUGAAAAAAACGCGUUACAUAUUGCAAGAUUGAAAGAAGUAUUCCUUGCUAAUACUACCAAAAGAGAUCACACUUACUAAACUAUUAAUAUUCGCAUUUAUUUUUAACUAAUGCCAUAAUAUAAUAGUGCUAUGAAGAUUACUUAACUAUUAAUCCAUAUAGUAAAGUAAGUGCCUUGAUGUAUUAAAAUGUAAUAUCGAUGACAUUACAUCGUUAAAAUAAUUUAUUUUUUUUAAAAAACGUUACUAGAUGCUAGUUCUUAGAUAUAUGUGCGUUAAGAGUUUAUCCUAUAAUAAAAUUUUUGUAAUAUUUAAUAAACAAAUAUAUUUACUUACAUAAA